AACGCACAGCAGCGAUCGGCGACAUUUGUGUACACGUAGUCGGCUCGAUGUGCUGGAUAUUUGAGCUGAUGGAAACUAGCUAGCUUGUUGCAGCUAGGCUGUAUUCAAACAACUAAAUUAAAACAAUUUUGUAUGGCAGUCGUACUGCACGGUCCGGUCCAUGGAAAGUUAACCCUUGAAUUUGAGGAUUAAUAACGUUUCAAGGUGGCGACAGACAAGGUUGCAGGAAAGCUGAGUUCUACACUCUCAUGGGUCAAGAACUCGGUGUCGCACACGGUCAGUCAGAUGGCUAGCCAGGUGGCCGCGCCCACGUCCUUGCAGACCACCGCCACCUCCUCCUCCACCUCCCUGUCCUCCCCCGCUCUCUCCCCAUCCUCCCCCGCCCAACUCAGCCCCGAUGAGGUGGAGCUACUCGCCAAGCUUGAUGAGCAGAACAGGUUGCUGGAGACGGACUGUAAGUCCCUGAGGUCGGUGAAUGGUUCCCGGAGAAACAGCGGCUCUUCGCUGGUGUCCAGCUCCUCGGCCUCGUCCAACCUGUCCCAUCUGGAGGAGGACACCUGGAUACUGUGGGGGCGCAUCGUCAACGAGUGGGACGACGUGCGCAAGAAGAAGGACAAGCAGCUAAAGGAUCUAGUCAGGAAAGGGAUUCCUCACCAUUUCCGGGCGAUAGUUUGGCAGCUGUUGUGCGACGCCCAGAACAUGCCCAUCAAAGACCAGUACUCGGAGCUGCUGAAGAUGACUUCGCCCUGCGAGAAGCUGAUCCGCAGGGAUAUCGCUCGCACCUACCCCGAGCACGACUUCUUCAAGGAGAAGGACUGCUCUGGACAGGAAGUGCUUUUCAACGUCAUGAAGGCCUAUUCCCUGGUGGACAGAGAGGUCGGUUACUGUCAAGGAAGUGCUUUUAUCGUCGGACUGCUGCUCAUGCAGAUGCCAGAGGAGGAAGCGUUCUGUGUGUUUGUGAAGCUGAUGCAGGACUACAGACUGAGGGAGCUUUUCAAGCCCACCAUGGCGGAGCUGGGCCUCUGUAUGUUCCAGUUUGAAUGUAUGAUCCAGGAACACCUGCCCGAGCUCCACCUUCACUUCCAGGCCCAGAGCUUCCACACCUCCAUGUACGCCUCCUCCUGGUUCCUCACCAUCUUCCUCACCUCCUUCCCCCUGCCCGUCGCUACCAGGAUAUUCGACAUCUUCAUGUGUGAGGGUUUGGAGAUAGUGUUUCGCGUGGGCCUGGCGAUCCUGCAGAUGAACCAGACAGAACUCAUCCAGCUGGACAUGGAGGGAAUGUUACAGCACUUUCAGAAGGUCAUCCCACACCAGCUAGACAGCGGACCAGACAAGGUCAUACAAGCUGCCUAUCAAGUCAAGUACAACGCCAAGAAGAUGAAGAAGCUAGAAAAAGAAUACACUACAAUCAAAACCAAGGAGAUGGAGGAGCAGGUGGAGAUUAAGAGACUGCGCACUGAGAACCGCCUGCUGAAACAGAGGAUCGACACGCUGGAGAAAGAAAGUGCUUCCUUGGCAGAUAGAUUGAUCCAGGGACAAGUGACGCGAGCCCAGGAGGGCAGGAGAGCUACCCUGGUGAAGCGGGAGCUAGCCACGGUCAGGCAGCAGGGCGAGGACAUCAGCGCACAGCUGGAGCAGGCCUUGGGCGUCAUCAGCCAGCUCCGGCAGCCACAGCGCCACCCAGCGAAGGGAAGCCCCCGCUACAGCGAGGAGUUCACCCUGCAGCUGGAGAGGGAGCUGGUCCAGGCCCGGCUGAAGGAGGCCGAGUCCCAGUGCGCCCUCAAGGAGAUGCAGGACAAGAUCCUGGACAUUGAGAAGAGGAACACGUCCCUACCGGAUGAGAACAACGUGGUGAGGCUGCAGGAGGAGCUGAUAGGGGUGAAGCUGAGGGAGGCGGAGGCUGUGACGGGCCUGAAGGAGCUGAGACAACAGGUCAGAGAUCUGGAGGAGCACUGGCAGCGUCACCUGGCGCGCACGGCCGGCCGCUGGAAGGACAGCCCCAGGAAGAACGCGGUGAGCGAGCUUCAGGACGAGCUGAUGAGCGCCAGGCUGCGGGAGGCCGAGGCCCUGGCAGAGCUCCGAGAGAGCCGACAGAGGAUUCUGGAGAUGGAGACACAGAACCAGAUUCACGGCAACCAACUUCGCCGGGCGGAGCAGGAGGGCAGAGUUUUCCAAGAGCGCAUGGAGUCGCUGACCAGUCAGAACAAGGGUCUGCUCCUGCAGCUGCAGGAGUUCAAACGCAAACAGGCUGAGAUCGAGUGCAAGAGCAAGGAGGAGGUGAUGGCAGUGAGGCUGAGAGAGGCCGACAACAUUGCAGCGAUGGCCGAACUCCAGCAGCAGAUCUCAGAGCUGGAGAUACAGAAGGAAGAAGGGAAGGUUCAAGGUCAGCUCAAUAACACCGAUUCAAGCCAGUACAUCCGGGACCUGAAGGACCAGAUAUCGGAGCUGAAAGAUGAGAUCCGCUGUCUAAAAGGCCAGAGGGGCGUGGCCAAGACGCCCACUUUUGACGGGAUCCACAUCGUCAACCACUACGUGGUGGAUGACGAGUUGUACCAGUCCUCGGACGAAGACGGAGUCAGGGGCCCGGCCCAUCUGGGCCCCCAGCCCACCAGCAGCAGUCGCCUCAGACUGCACCCCGAUCUGGGGGACUCUGACAGCGAGGACGAGGAGGACGAGGGCCUGCGUCUGUCCGUGCCCUCCAACGGUAACCACAAGACCACCACGGUGUGACCGGGCCCAGGGGGGCGGGGCCCCGCAGGACUCGUCACUCGCGGGGGAGCAGGGGACGCGGGAUUGGUUGGUUGCUCUGGGAGAACGCACGGCCUAGGACUCGGGGACAGCUGGGAUGCUCCAAAUCGAUCGUGUCGCCCUUUUAGGAAUCAUAUUAGAAUCACACCUGUGGAGUUUUCCUCUGUUUGUAUUUGUCUGAGUUAACCGUUUUAUUUUUUUAUUUUAUUUGUUUGUUUUUGUGUCCUUUUUUUGUAAUUUAUGCCUAAACCUGUCUGCUGAAUAUAUCAAUGCAGUGCUCUGGGCGUUGACAGUAUCGGAGAGGAGCACCAAUCAGGUUUGAGAUUUGUAAGCACCCCAGACCCAUCUUGGUGGGCUGAGCCUAUCCCGGCUAAGACACCACUAGGCCACGCCCCUUCCUCAGUCCCACAACUAGGUACAACACAGAGACUAUAAUGGAGCGUUACGUGGAUUACAAUAACACACUUCAUUCAAUAGGUUUUAUUUUUUAUUUUUUUUCAAUGUAAACGUUUUAGGUAAACACCAAUAAUAAAUGUCUCCUUUUCUAAGUGACCUAUUAAGAUGGAACUUGUGAGGGAGGGAUGUUUGUCACUAAUGUAGUACUAAUGAAUAUGGCGGAGAGCCCAGCAUCAAAGCAAGACUGUAUCAACCAACAUAGAGUUGGAGAGAGUUGCCUGUCGACCUUAGAGUACCACAUGCCUGGUCAGGGGCAGGGAGUCAGGAGGUCAGGUUGAAUCUUACAUCUGUGUACAUAUGUAAAUGUGCUCGUAUUGUCUUUACCCCCCCCUCCCCCCAAUUCAAUUUUAACUUGAACAUAUGUAUCUAAUGAUGAAUUCUUUGCAUAUCUGAUGUUUAUAAUGUAUUGUACGAUUCAGACGAAAGGGACUUUAUUUCUGUAGUUGGAGGUCUUUGUUAAUGAGGCCGUUGGGGGUUGUUUCGCAUUUUUCCACAAACAUUGUGUCUUUGUACGGCUCGUUUUUUCAGAUCGCAUUCAUGGAUGUGGCAGGCAGGCCGAGUCCUGACUGAGGAAUAACGGAUCAUUUAACUUUAUGGGAAUAUCUUAGCAUGCUGUGUUAUGGAAGCAUGUUACUAGUUAAAGUGAAUCAUCUACACAUCAAGAGGAGAAAAGUAAUGCUGCAUUUGUCAAGUGGGCAUCCAAAUCAACUGAGGAACAUUCGACUUUAACAAAGUUGUGCAAAAUGUAUUGCACACGCUGUAUCAUGGUCCCGGGGAAACCUUAAUAGCAGUUGAGGAGCAUGUUUUACAGCAGACAGGGUUGUCUGAAAAAACAGAGAGUUAAGGUGCACUGUUGAGAGAUGAAGCAUUGUCUAAUGUUACUAAAGUCCAUGCCUUUUACACAGGCCCUGUUGUUAAGUUAGCUCCACUACGGUCACACAGAAUGACAGUUAUCUAUAAGGCCAUCAGACUCUCUAAAUUAUUACAACACUAAACAAGUGCCCCUGUUUCCAGUUAAGAGUAGCUGUGAUUGAAUCCAAACCACAACCUAUAUCAGACUGGUCUUGGGAUACUCAGACAUGCUGUAGGAUCAGCUACCAGAAUGCACUGCUAACUUCUUUUUUUUUUGGUGUGCUAAUGCGAUCACCCAUGGAAUAAGUUGCUUGGAGGAGGCAUGCGUUGUCAGGCACUUUCAGACAGUGUGGAGCGCAGUACAGCGUAUGGCUGCCCUUAACACUAUGGAAUGAUUAUCACACUGAAAACGUGUGAGAUUGUUGUGUGUGAUGAGUUCACAAAUAAACUAUUUCAUAAAUGA